AUGUUAAAUCGUCUAUGCGCUGCAUUAUGUUCAUGGUUAAUUAUGUUUUUUACUUUAAUUCGUUUUUUACAUCUAUUUCGACCGUUAAAUACAAUACGUAGUAAUGUCAUACUUGUUAUAUCAUUAAUAGGCAUUUUUGGAAUAUUAAACAGUUAUUUAGUGGCAUUUCUUAGAUAUGAAAAUCAAAAACAAAUAUUAGACAGUGAUUUAACAACAACAACAUCUACACAAAUUCCAUGGCAUUUUUCAUUGUCAACAUCUCAAUCUAAAAAUUUAACAUCAAAUUUGCUAAAACUGCAUGUUUGA